GGUGCAGCUGUCACCACUACUACGAUUAGUAGAAUUGAGAUGGUCGUGCUCACUCCUCAUAGUUUGACACAUUCAGAAGUCAAACUCACCAACUUAUUAUUAUCAUCUAUCCUUUUAUGUUCAUCUCUUCCAUCAUGCAUCUUUGAGUUGAGCCCCUUUUGCUCCUUAUCUAUCAAUCUUUAUCCCUCCUUCCUUCAACCUUUGAAUCUUGAUAGCCUAGCUAAGCUAGCUUCAUAUAUUUCUCCUUGAUAAUCUCAUCUCUUCGCGACGAAAUUCGAUCAUCUAACAUAGAUCCAUCAUGUCCAUCUUCCGACGUUCAUUCUCUAGGAGGCUGCCUGAUCGUCUUCUUGAAAUCUCUGAACGUAUUUAUGUAUUUGAUAGCUGCUUAUCAACUUCCAUGAAGAAUGAAAAAGAUUCCAAGUCAUAUUUAGGCAGUGUUGUCACAAGCUUACAUACUUGCCAUCCUGGUGCUUCUUACAUGGUAUUCAACUUUGCUGAAGGUGAUCAAAUCAGCUUAUUAUCAGACAUAUUAAUUAAUUAUGACAUGACAGUCAUAGAUUAUCCUCGCCACUACGAGGGCUAUCCUCUACUUCCAUUGGAGAUGAUUCACUACUUCUUACGAUCAAGCGAGAGCUGGUUAUCAUUAGAAGGUCAGAAAAAUGUGAUCCUGAUGCAUUGCGAACCAGGUGGUUGGCCUGUGCUCUCAUUCAUGCUAGCAGGUCUCCUUCUGUACAGGAAACAAUACAGUGGUGAACAGAAGACUCUUGAAAGGGUAAAUAAGCAAGCUCCUAAAGACCACUCAUCUAAUUUGUCGCCCUUGAAUCCUCGAGCUUCUCAGCUUAGAUACCUUCAUUACAUAACGGGAAGAGAGUUAGCUUCAGAAUGGCCACCGUCAGAUGCACCUGUAAUCAUAGAGUACAUACUGCUCAGAAAUCUUCCUCUUUUUGAUGCUGCUAAAGGCUGCAGGCCUGUGGUUCGGGUAUAUGGCCAGGAUCUCUCAGCAAAGGCGAAUAGAAGUGCUCGGCUUUAUUAUUCAUCAUUGAUGGCUGAUGAAUCUGCCUGGAAAUAUUCAAAGGAAGAAUGUGUCUUCGUGAAAUUAGCACUUCAAUGUCAGAUUCAAGGGGAUGUCUUCCUUGAGUGUAUCCAUUUGCAGGAUGAUCUAGUAACAGAAGAGAUAAUAUUUAAAGUCAUGUUUCACACAGGAUUUACCCAAGCUAACGUAUUGGCUCUCGACUCUAACGAUGUCGAUGUUCCUUGGAACACAAAGCUCCCAAAGGACUUCAAGGCAGAGGUUCUCUUUCGAGACAUGAAUGAAGUUCCAGUAAAUAUUACCUUGGAAUUAGGAGGUGAAGAAGAAUUCCACGAUUCCGAGAGUGAAUUUUUCGAGGUUGAAGAGAUUCUUACUCCAAUGCCUGACAGUGGAGAGAAGAUAGAAGUUGACAGUAUAAUCGGUCCAGAGAUUAAGUUACUGGACAAUAUAAUCAAAGACUGCACACUACGCAAUGGGUCUCCUAGAUGGGAUUUGGAUAUUGAAGAAAUUGAUGUUAGUAGUUCUUUUGAUCAGAUUGCUCCUGCUAAAGUCAUUGACAGACAAGUUUCAGAAGCAGAAUCUGAUACAAUGAGUACUUCAUCAAAGAAUGUUAUAGUUGUUGAUUCAUUUGGAAGUGAAAUACAAGAUGUAAAGGUAGAAAUCGAGCCUAAACCCGUUGUUCUUCCAAGUCCAACUAAACCAAAACCGAACAAGAAGAACAAAUGGCAAGAAAUUACAGCAAAGACGAUUAACCAACAAAGGGUAAUUUCUCAGUGGGUGCCUCGCGCAAAAACUCCACCAGUUCCUGAGGCGAACAAACCAAAAGCACCUGUAUAUAAGUGGGUUCCCAAAGAACCAGCUAUGACACCUACAGAGACAGCAGGUGAAGAAUAAAGCAAAAGACGAUGAUAUUGUUGGUCUUUUCUGAGAAUGUUACAGUCCACCGCAGCUAAGCUGAUGGUAGCAAGUUCAUGAUUUACAGAGAGCUAUGAUGAGAUAAUAUGUAUGAAUUUUGGGUACUUUGUACGUACCUAAUAAGUUUUUGAGUAGCACAUUGCAUGAUAUGCAUAAUAUAAAGUUGUAUUUAGAUUUACUAACUGGUAUUUUUGGGUCAUUUUGGGCUUCAUAUCAAGGUUUUUUUUAUAUAUAUCCUCUCUUGUUAUCUUUCA